GAUUUUGAUUCCAAGAAAAAAAUAUGAAAACGAAUAUGAUAGAGCUUUCUGACCGUGUUCGAUCCGUUUUCAUCCCUAUCGGUUAUGCUGACAAUUUUAAUCCAUCAUUAACAAAUUGUUUGUUUUUAUCAACUUAAACAUCAUAAAGAUCUUAACUCUCAUAUCCAGUCAGUGACUCAGUGUAUACGACUGCCAAGAAGAUGGACUAGGAACCAUUAUAUUGCAACCAAAGUUAGCUGGUUGUAUCUCAAGAGUUAGAGAUUUGCCCUGCUUUGCAAUAGAAAAGUACGGAUAUCAACUACCAAAGUAGCCAUUAGCCAAACCAUUCAACAGCCUACGGACACAUUAGCAAUACCGAUAAUAUAGAGUCGGGUGGGGACUAGGGAGACAUGAAUCCAAAUCACCUAUUACAGGCAGGGUCACAGAUUGACUCACAAACGAGAUCAAAGUUCAGAUCGCCAACGCGCAGGUAGGCGGCGAUCGAGCAAGCAGAGGAGAGCGCGCGGGUGCGGGCAGCAAUGGAGCGGCGCAUGCUCAAGCAUAGGCAGGCGGUUAGCAAGCGGAGGAGCGUGCACGAGAAAACCGACGUCGAGCAAGCGAAGGAUCGAGCAACACGAGCUCAGGAGAAAACGAGGAGCAACGUGGAUUCGCAUGCAAGUGAUCUGCGAGCAGGUAAAGGGGAGUGCGUGAGAAAGUCGGCGGCCAGCAUAAGCAGAGGCAUGGGCUCGCAAGCAGGUAGAAGAGGAGCGGCGGCGACCGAUGGCUGACGGGCAGGAUCACGAGCAGGCGGGGUGGGCGGAGGAGCUUGACGAUGACCGGAAGGAGCAGGUGAGCGGCGGGCCAGUAAAAGUACUCGGUGAUGGCCGGAAGAGCGGGUGAGCAAGCCGACAGGCGAGCAGGUGGACGACUAUAGAUGACCAGUGGUAGGCGGAUGAGCGGCGAUGACUGGCGCGCGGGCACGCGGGCGAACGAUGGACGGGCGAGAGGACGAGCGAGUAGCGGCGCGGCGCGGGCACACGUCGUGCGCCCAUCAAAGUGGGUCGAGAUAAUCCACUCGAUUUUGAUGGAUGCUUUGAACCCGGAUUUAUAAGGAAUGUUUCCAUCUGGUGGGUUCAACUCAAACCAUACGUACCUCAAAUAACCAAACGCGCAGUGAAUUUUGUUUUCCAUUCUCUCUUCUCUCUAUUUUUUUCGAAAUUCAUACUGCGGUCCAAAUUUCAACAAUUUCGUUCGGUUUACCUGGGUGUAUAGAUGGCAAUAUGGCCCAAGGCUCGACAACCUGGCCCAAAGCACGGCAAUUAGGCCCGGCCCAAGUACGGCACGCCGGGCCAUGCCUGGGCUGCUCCCGCAGCAUAGUGGGCCGGCACGGCCCGACACGACUAAAUAAAAAUAGUUGAGGGAUCCAUCAUAGACUUAAUUCAGCCAUUUGAGGUACAGCCCAAAGACAAUAGGUAUAUAAAAUAGACUUAUUCCAGCCAUAUAAGACUCAGCCCAAAGACAUGCAGGAGGAAUAGUAAACUUAUUUAAUAGAGAAGCACGAUGGGCUAUCGUGCCUUCAAGCCCGCCCGGCAUGGCCCGAGUCUUAAUGGGUCGGGCCUAGGCCGGGGAUGCAACCCGUGGGCAGGCAUAGCCCGGCCCGGUGUGUUGGUCGGGCCAUGCCGGCCGAACUAGCUUCGGCCCAGGCCCGGUCGUGCAUAGGACGUGCCAGGCCAGGCGGCCCAUUUGGCCGAGGAGAAAUGAUAAACAGGCCUAAAUUUUCCCACCCAAAGUGCUAAUUUGAUUAAACUGGUUGACUAUAGACAUCGCAAAGACAUUGGAGUCAACAGUUAUACAACUUUUCGUCAAUUUUAGCUAGAGUUUCACAAAUAGAAUUCAAUAAAUUUGUGUUUUAUGUUUCUAUUGGUGUUAGUAGUGGUAGGUGCCUCUGUCAGUUUGGAUGUGUUCUUUAUGACUUGUUUAUUUAAGGUGUGAUUGUAUUUGGAUCAUGUUUUGUAAUAAUUGGCUAUACCUCUGUCUGUCAGUAAAGGUCGGGAUUCUAUUCUAUUAUCUAAAAAUAGCGAAGACCUUGAAUGGCCAAAAAUUUGGAAUUUUGUUUGACACAUGGGUAGGCGUUAGCGGGCUAAACUUUGGCCCACACGAAUGUGUAACGGGCUAAUAAUUUCGGCUUGCCUAAUGCGUUAGUGACAAAAUUGGCCCAUGUAGCAAUAUUUAAACAAGUCGGAAAAACUUUAAACGGAAACUAGUAGACUAGCUAUACAACUUGGACCAUAAAUCUCCUCAAAACUUUCAGAUAACUUAGUACGAUAGUGAUGUAAUAAAUUAUAACAAAUGUAGUUACAUUUUAACUUCAAAAAAUUAGGGGCUCUCGGAGUAUUAUCUCCGUCCCAAAAUAAGUUUAUUUUUCACUCAUCACACACAUAUUAAUAUAAAAACAAAAAUAUUAGAAUAUCCCUACUUUAUCAAAUCGCAAUGUAACUAUUGGUCACUCUAUCUACUCUCAAUAACAUUAUUCUCUAUUUUUACAAACUACCCCUCCAUCCGAGGUGUGAUUUUUUUUUUGACAGAGUAGUACGAUGCAAUGAUUAAUUUAAAAAAAAUUAUUUUGGAAUAAAUUGAAGGGGUGUAAAAAUGAAUUUAAUAUGAGACAGAGAAGUUAGAUCCAAUACAAUACAAUAUUACAGCGGUGUCAGUUGAUGUACAAACGUCUGACACAUUGUUUUCAAAAAAGAAAGAGGAAGAAGACAUAUACAAAUUCAUUGACCGAGAACGAUAGCACGCAUCACAUCAGCAUCUACACGGAUAGCCAAAGAUGGCGAUCAAUGGCGUCGCCGGCGCCGGCGCCGGCGACGUCGACGUCGACGUCGACGUCGAUGCAUCAGCACCUCCACCUCCUCUCCACCUGGUGAUGUUCCCGUGGCUGGCGUUCGGCCACCUCAUCCCGUUCCUCCAGCUCGCCAAGCGCCUGGCGGCGCGUGGCCACGCCGCCGUCACCUUCCUCGCCACGCCGCGGAACGCCUCCCGCCUCGCCGCGCUCCCGCCGGAGCUCGCCGCCUACGUCCGCGUCGUCUCGCUCCCGCUUCCGGUGCUCGAUGGCCUGCCGGAGGGCGCGGAGUCGACGGCCGAUGUCCCGCCGGAGAAGGUGGAGCUUCUCAAGAAGGCGUUCGACGGCCUCGCCGCGCCCUUCGCCGCAUUCCUCGCCGACGCCUGCGCCGCCGGAGACCGGGAAGGACGACCAGAUCCUUUCAGCAGGAGGCCCGACUGGGUCGUCGUCGACUUCGCCCACGGCUGGCUCCCGCCCAUCGCCGACGAGCACCGGGUGCCGUGCGCCUUCUUCUCCAUCUACUCGGCGGCGGCGCUCGCGUUCCUCGGCCCGAAGGCGGCGCACGACGCGCACCCGCGCACCGAGCCGGAGGACUUCAUGUCGCCGCCGCCGUGGAUCACGUUCCCCUCCACCAUCGCCUUCCGCCGCCACGAGGCCGCGUGGGUCGCCGCCGCCGCCUACCGGCCCAACGCCUCCGGCGUCUCCGACAUCGACCGGAUGUGGCAGCUGCAUCAGCGGUGCCACCUCAUCGUCUACCGCAGCUGCCCCGACGUCGAGGGCGCCCAGCUCUGCGGCCUCCUCGACGAGCUCUACCACAAGCCCGUCGUGCCCGCCGGCCUCCUGCUGCCGCCCGACGCCGCCGGCGACGACGACGACGGCCACCGCCCGGACCUGAUGCGGUGGCUCGACGAGCAGCCGGCGAGGUCGGUCGUCUACGUGGCGCUCGGGACGGAGGCGCCGGUGACGGCGGACAACGUCCGCGAGCUCGCGCUGGGGCUGGAGCUCGCGGGCGCGCGGUUCCUCUGGGCGCUGCGCGACGCCGGCGAGCGGCUGCCGGAGGGGUACAAGGCGCGCGUCGCGGGUCGCAGCGUGGUGGAGGCGGGGUGGGUGCCGCAGGUGCGCGUCCUGGCGCACGCCGCCGUCGGCGCGUUCCUGACGCACUGCGGCUGGGGCUCCACCGUGGAGAGCCUCCGGUUCGGCGGCCUCCCGCUGGUGAUGCUGCCGUUCAUCGCCGACCAGGGGCUCAUCGCGAGGGCCAUGGCGGACAGGGGGCUCGGCGUGGAGGUGGCGAGGGACGACGACGGCGACGGCUCGUUCCGCGGCGAGGACGUCGCGGCGGCGGUGCGGCGGGUGAUGGCGGAGGAGGAGGGGAAGGUGUUCGCGCGCAACGCAAGGGAGAUGCAGGAGGCACUCGGCGACGGCGAGCGGCAGGAUCGCUACGUCGACGAGCUUGCCGAGCGGCUGCGUCGUCGCCGGAGUUUGAGCUGAACGCCGCCGCCGCGGCGGCGGCGGCGCGCGCGAAAGCUCCAUCACGAUUCACGAACUACGUCAUCACGCAUCGUAUUCUUUUCGCGAAGUAUUUGCUUUGAAAAUUUUUGUGAUGGAAUAAAUUCGCGAUGCAAAUUUGGAAGUGAACUGAACAAACGAUAUCAGACUAAAAAACUUGUGUAAAAUAGUUUAUCUACCACCCAGAAUAGCAUAUGAACCAGGUUAAUGUUUUCGAUGAAA